ACAAAUGAAGUGUUUGAAAUCAACUGGCUAAAGGCAGUCGAGUAGCAGUUCGGGCCUGCCCGGGGAGGGUAUGCCAAAGGUAUCAGUUGUAAUUUACGGAUUUUUUCUUUUAUGGUGGUUUAUCGGUGAUGGGUAUAUGCAGGCUUAUCAGCGAUGAAUAAAGUAUUAACAGCAUCGAAGAUCUUAUAAAACUGAAUUGAAUUCCUUUUGAUUUGUUAUUCCAGUCUCUUUCAUUAGAUCAUUCGAAAUGUACGGUUGGACUGUGAAGCAAUGGAUUGACUUCCAUUAUCAAUCAACACCAGACGAUUCAUUGAAACUUCUUGUACAACUUGUCAAAGAUCAAUCUACCAAAGAUGCUGCUUGGAUUAGUUUGGCUUCCAUUGAUCAAUUGAAACAUCAGUGGGAUUUCUUACAGUCCAAAUCAAAUAAACUUGAUUUGCCGCUUUAUGGGGUGCCUGUUGCUAUUAAGGAUAAUAUCGAUGUUAAAGGGUUUAAAACCACCGCUGCUUGUCCCUCUUAUGCUUAUGAUCCAUUGCAAGACGCGACCACUGUUCGUCUUUUAAGAGACGCCGGGGCUAUAAUCAUAGGUAAAACCAAUUUGGAUCAAUUUGCUACCGGUCUUGUUGGUACUAGAUCCCCCUACGGGAUCACCCCAAACACUUUCAAUUCUAAAUACGUGUCUGGAGGUUCUUCCGCUGGUUCUGCUUCAGUUGUGGCAAGGGGGGUGGUUCCUUUAUCCUUGGGUACUGAUACGGCUGGUUCUGGUAGAGUCCCUGCUGCUUUGAAUAACUUGAUUGGUUUAAAACCAACAAAAGGAAUCUUCUCUUGUUCAGGAGUGGUUCCCGCUUGUAAAUCUUUAGAUUGUGUUUCAAUCUUUGCUUUAAAUUUAAAGGAUGCUCAAUUGGCUUUUAACUUAAUGGCCCACCCAGAUGGCUCUAAUGAUGAAUUCUCAAGACCUUUACCUUCAAAUCUUUUAUUAAAAUUUAAAUCAAAUCCAAAUAUCUUGAUUCCACUGGACUUAUUAUGGCAUGGCGAAUCAGAAAAUCCAAAAUUAUACGAAACCGCUGUUGAUCACUUCGAUAAAUUAGGCGCUAAUCUUGUUUCAAAAAGUAUUGCUCCUUUACUUGAUUUAGCUAAAUGUUUAUACGAAGGUCCUUGGGUUGCCGAACGGUACGCGGCUAUGAAAGAUUUCUAUAAAUCAAAUCCUCCUGCUAAAGAUUUGGAUCCAACCGUUACAAAAAUUAUCAAGGGUGGUGAAUCAAUCUCGGCAGCCACUGCGUUUGAUUUCGAAUAUAAAAGACAAGGAAUCUUACAAAAAGUCAACGUUUUAUUAAAAGACAUCGAUGUCAUCAUUGUUCCAACAGCUCCUUUAACUCCAACCAUUGAUCAGGUAUCAAAUGAACCAAUACUCAUUAAUUCCCAUCAAGGUACCUAUACUAACUUCGUUAACUUGGCUGAUAUGUCUGCUUUAGCCAUCCCAGCUGGUUUCCGUAACAGCGAUGGCUUACCCUUUGGUAUCACCUUAUUAUCUCAUAAAUAUAACGAUUAUGCUUUGUUGGACUUAGCUAGCCGCUAUUUGAAAGUUUACCACGAUAAAUUAUCGGUUCCCCAAUUUUAUGGUUGUCUCAAAGAUAAAAAAGUUACCGCUGAUGACAAUAACGAUUUAAUCCCUCUGACUCAAUUACCAAAUUCAGUUCUUAAAAAUUCAGUUAAUUUGGCCGUUGUUGGUGCUCAUUUAAAAGGUUUCCAAUUACAUUGGCAACUAGAAGCAGUUAAUGCAACCUUCUUAAAGUCAACUACUACUUCUUCAAAUUAUAAAUUAUAUGCUUUACCUAAAACCGGCCCUGUUGCUAAACCUGGUUUAAGACGCGUGGAUGCUGACGGUUCUAAAAUUACCAUUGAAAUUUAUUCUGUACCUAGUGAAAAUUUCGGGAAAUUUAUAAGCUUUGUCCCUGAACCUUUAGGUAUUGGGUCAGUAGAGUUAGCUGAUGGUACUUGGUGCAAAUCUUUUAUCUGUGAAGAAGUAGGCUAUAACUUGAAAGGAACUGUCGAUAUUACUUCUUUCGGUGGUUGGAAAAAUUAUCAAAACCAUUUAAGUGAAAAAGAUUCAAAAAAAUUAAAACCUUUUGAUUCAGUUCUUGUUGCUAAUAGAGGUGAAAUCGCAGUCAGAAUUAUCAAAACUUUGAAAAAAUUAGGCAUCACUUCAAUUGCCAUCUAUUCAAAUCCUGAUAAAUAUGCUCAACACGUUUUAGAUGCCGAUCUUGCUGUUCCUUUAGACGGGGUCUCUGCUGCUGAAACAUACAUCAAUAUUGAUAAAGUUAUAAAUGCCGCUAGAGAAACAAAUGCUCAAGCCAUUAUUCCUGGUUAUGGUUUCCUCUCUGAGAACGCAGAUUUUUCUGAUCGUUGUACUCAAGAAGGUAUUGUUUUCGUCGGUCCUUCCGGUGAUGCUAUUAGAAAAUUGGGGUUGAAACAUUCUGCUCGUGAAAUAGCUUUGAAAGCUAAUGUUCCUUUGGUCCCUGGUUCUGAUUUGGUUCCUGAUGCCAAAGCAGCUCGUCAAAUUGCUGCUAAGUUAGAAUAUCCAGUUAUGGUCAAAUCUACCGCUGGUGGUGGUGGAAUUGGUUUACAAAAAGUUGACUCCGAAAAUGAUAUUGAAAGAGUUUUCCAAACUGUUCAACAUCAAGGUAAAUCAUACUUUGGUGAUCCUGGUGUCUUCUUAGAAAGAUUUGUUGAAAAUGCUAGACAUGUCGAAAUCCAAAUGUUCGGUGAUGGUUAUGGUAAGGCAAUUGCUUUAGGUGAAAGAGAUUGUUCUUUACAAAGACGUAAUCAAAAAAUCAUUGAAGAAACUCCUGCUCCAAACUUACCUGAAUCAACUCGUGCUGCCAUGAGAAAAGCUGCUGAAUCAUUGGCAUCUUCUAUGAAUUAUAAAUGUGCUGGUACUGUCGAAUUUAUCUAUGAUGAACGCAGAGAUGAAUUUUACUUUUUGGAAGUUAAUGCUAGAUUACAAGUCGAACAUCCAAUUACCGAAAUGGUUACUGGUCUUGAUUUGGUUGAAUGGAUGUUAUAUAUUGCAGCUGAUAGAGCUCCUGAUUUUAAUCAAAAAAUCAAUGUUACUGGUGCUUCAAUGGAAGCAAGACUUUAUGCUGAAAAUCCUGUCAAGGAUUUCAUGCCUUCUCCUGGUCAAUUAGCUGAGGUUAAAUUUCCAGAAUGGGCAAGAAUUGAUGGUUGGAUAUCUAAAGGUACCGUUGUUAGUGCUGAGUAUGAUCCAACUUUGGCUAAGAUUAUUGUUCACGGUAAAGAUAGAGCUGAAGCUUUGAAGAAAUUACGUCAAGCAUUAAAUGAAACAUUAGUUUCUGGUUGCAUUACAAACAUUGAUUACUUAAGAUCAAUUGCUAACUCAAGUAUGUUUGAAGAAGCUAAGGUUGCUACCAAAGUUUUAGACUCUUAUGAUUAUAGACCAACUGCUUUUGAAAUUGUCAGUCCUGGUGCUUAUACUACUGUUCAAGAUUACCCAGGUAGAAAAGGAUAUUGGCAUAUUGGUGUUCCACCUUCUGGUUGUAUGGAUGAAUAUUCCUUCAGAUUAGCUAACAGAAUUGUUGGUAAUGAUAAGAGUGCCCCAGGUAUUGAAAUAACUUUAAAUGGUCCUAAAUUAUUAUUCCAUCAUGAUGCGAUAAUUUCAGUUACCGGUGGUGAAGCUCCAAUUGAUAUCAAUGGCAAACCAGUUAAACAAUGGAGCCCAAUUCAUAUUAAGAGAGGUGAAAAGUUAUCUAUUGGUAAACUUAGCUCAGGUUGUAGAGCCUAUUUAGCUAUCAGAGGUGGUAUUGACGUCAAUGAAUACUUAGGUUCAAGAUCAACUUUUGCUUUAGGUAACUUGGGUGGUUACAAUGGUAGAGUUUUAAAAUUAGGUGACGUUUUGUUCCUAGGCCAGCCAGAAUUACCAAGUUGUACUUUACCAGUUCCUGUUUCUGAACCUGUUGAGAUUCCAAGAACUUUAAUUCCUUCUUACGAUUUCAAUUCUACUAAAAAUUGGGUUGUUGGUGUCACUUGCGGUCCUCAUGGAUCUCCAGACUUCUUUACUGACGAAGCUGUUAAGGAUUUCUUUACUGAAAAAUGGAAGGUUCAUUACAAUUCUAAUAGAUUUGGUGUUAGAUUAAUUGGUCCAAAACCCAAAUGGGCCAGAGCUGAUGGGGGAGAGGCCGGUUUACAUCCUUCUAAUGCUCAUGAUUAUGUUUACUCAUUGGGUGCUAUUAAUUUCACUGGUGAUGAACCAGUUAUCUUAACUUGUGAUGGUCCUUCAUUGGGUGGUUUUGUUUGUGAAGCUGUUGUUGCUGAGGCCGAAAUGUGGAAAAUUGGGCAAGUUAAACCAGGUGAUUUAAUUCAGUUCAAACCAAUUUCAUACAAGGAAGCCAAACAAUUAAAAUCCAACCAAGAUAAAGCUAUUGAAUCAUUAGAAGGCUCAAUUCCAGAAUUUGGAACCAUUUUAUCUAACCCAGAAAACCCGGUAUUAGCUGAAAUUGAUGAUUUAUCUCAUGGUGCACCAAAGAUUGUUUACCGUCAAGCUGGUGAUAGAUACAUUUUAGUUGAAUAUGGUAAUAAUGUAUUAGACUUGAAUUUGUCUUAUCGUAUUCAUAAGUUAAUUGAAAUGGUCAAUGUCAAUAAAACAGCUGGUAUUGUUGAAAUGUCACAAGGGGUUAGAUCUGUUUUAAUCGAAUACGAUUCUAACAUUAGUCAAGAGGAAUUAGUGAAGACUUUGAUUUCUUUUGAAAAAGAAAUUGUUUUCGUAAAUAAGUGGGAAGUUCCUUCAAGAAUCAUUAAAUUACCAAUGGCUUUUGAAGAUAAGAGAACCUUAGAUGCUGUCAAAAGAUAUCAAGAAACAAUUCGUUCUGAUGCUCCAUGGUUACCUAACAAUGUUGAUUUCAUUGCCAAUAUCAAUGGUAUUGGCAGAAAUGAUGUGAAGGAUAUGUUGUAUUCUGCUAGGUUUUUGGUAUUAGGUUUAGGUGAUGUGUUUUUGGGAGCACCAUGUGCUGUUCCAUUAGAUCCAAGACAUAGACUUUUAGGUACCAAAUAUAACCCAUCAAGAACCUUCACUCCUAAUGGUACUGUUGGUAUUGGUGGUAACUACAUGUGUAUUUAUACCAUGGAAUCACCAGGUGGUUAUCAAUUAGUUGGUCGUACUGUUCCAAUCUGGGACAAAUUGACGUUAGGAGAACAUUCUAAUAAUGGCCAACCAUGGUUAUUAUCACCAUUUGAUCAAGUUGAAUUUUACCCAGUUUCUGAAGAAGAAAUUGAUAAAUUUACUGAUGAAAUGAAUGCUGGUCACUUCAAAGUUGAAAUUAUUGAAUCAGUUUUUGAUCAUGGUAAAUAUUUACAAUGGAUUCAAGCCAACAGCCAAGCUAUUGAAGAGUUCAGAGAAAAUCAAGGUGGUGAUAAAUUAGAAGAAUUCAACCGAUUAAUUCAAGUUUCCAAUGCAGAUUUGGAAACCAGCGGUGGUCCAAAAUUAAGUGAAGAUGAUAAAUUCAGUGAAGAUGCAGAAAUGGUUUAUUCUGAAUAUUCAGGAAGAUUUUGGAAACCUUUGGCUGCCGUCGGUGAUGAAGUCAAAGAAGGUGAUAGUUUAAUUGUUGUCGAAGCUAUGAAGACUGAAAUGGUUGUUGUUGCUCCAAAAGCUGGUAAAGUUGUUAAGAUCUUCCAUAAAAAUGGUGAUAUGGUUGAUGCUGGGGAUUUAGUUGCUGUUAUUGAAUAGUUUUAUUUCUUGUUAUCUUUGUAAUUAUUUAUAUUUUGUUGUUUGUAUUUCGUUUGUAUUUAUCCAUAUUUAUUCAUAUUCAAUUGUAUCUGUUAAUGUAAAUUAUGCUCUAUAUACCGUUAAAGCAGUAGUAAAUUUUGAUAUUGGCGUCGUGCAAACGCGUUGA